CCGACUAACGUGUGUAAAAGAUCAGAGAAAUCGGUGUUAGGUCACUUGGCUCGAGAAAUUCUGGACAACAUCGUGGAAUUCCUGGAACCGUUGGACGUGAUCUGCAUGGCUAUGACCUGCAAAUAUCUCUUCCUCACUUACCAGGAAGAUGUGAAGGGCAUCCUCGAAAAACAACUAUCGCCUUGGGCUGGCGACCGACUCAUCUGCCUCGGAGAUUACGCAAGGGGUCAUCCUGAUGGCAUUCUCACUGUUGAGGAGGACGAGGAGCUUAUUCGUCAAGAAUUCACACUGUAUGAUUGCAUGGAUCGCUAUUCCGCCCAUGCUGGACCAGAUAGAUUCAUUGGCGAAAUGACAGAAAGACUCGUAUUCGGAGGACGCCGAAGUACACUGUGGAGCCGGAUGAUAGGCACAGCCUACGACCGGUGGCCGGCGGAUGGUGUGACAUGGAUCCUUCGGAAUCUUGACGCGAAAGAGUAUGUGAGACAAGAGGGUUUCAAACAACUCUCCAAGUCCACGGACGGCGGACCCUUCAUCAGACCUGUUGGCUUCGAAUUUGUUAUUGCGUCGAGAGUUUGUUGGACCGAUGAUCCAUUUGGCACCUCCAGAAUCACAAACAUGCAUGGCGAAUGGGCAGGAAAUCGAUUUGACGUGACCACGUUGGAGAGGAUGGAGGAAGGAUUUGAGGCUAGUUGGAAGGACGUCUCCGCUGCUGUGAUGAAGCAAGUGAAGAACCUAGCUUACGAGUGUGCAGUACUCCUUUCCGACUCGGAUGGAGAGGAUGGAGAGGACGAAGAGGAUGAAGAGGCGAAGAGGAUGACUAGGCAUCAACUUCCUUGACAAUGAGAUUGGAUGUUCCUUUCUUGACUCAGAUUUCAGUUUCUUUCUUUUAGCUCCUUGGUAUGGUAGCCUCACCUGGGCAGACUCUUGUCUAUGGGUUAAGGAAAUAUGAUGGCUGUCAUGUUGGAGGCCGACUUACUGCGAUCGGGUACCGACUGUAGUAGUCUAAGUUAUGUUUCUUCUCGGUUCACUGU